UUUAAAGAAGCGACUGGGCGGUGUUUCUGGAGUCAAGUCCCUCCUUCGUUUUGGACCGCUCAGAGAGCACCCGGGACGGACGUUCUACGUAAGAGGGAUGCAGUGCGCACGCGCCUGCCGCAGUUGCCCAUGGUAACCGAGAGCCGCGUAGAGGAUGGGCUUACUAUCAAUUCUGCGUAAAUUGAAGAGUGCACCAGACCAGGAGGUUAGGAUCCUGCUCCUGGGAUUGGAUAAUGCAGGCAAAACCACACUUUUGAAACAACUGGCAUCUGAAGAUAUCACCCAUAUCACUCCAACCCAGGGUUUUAACAUUAAAAGUGUGCAAGCCCAAGGUUUCAAGUUGAAUGUGUGGGAUAUUGGUGGACAAAGGAAAAUCAGGCCAUAUUGGAGAAAUUAUUUUGAGAACACUGAUAUCUUGAUUUAUGUCAUUGAUAGUGCUGAUAGAAAAAGAUUUGAAGAAACUGGUCAAGAACUAGCAGAGCUGGUGGAUGAAGAAAAGCUAAGUGGCGUUCCAGUACUCAUAUUUGCAAACAAACAAGAUUUACUGACGGCAGCCCCCGCUGCAGAAAUUGCAGAGGGUCUGAACUUGCACACAAUCCGGGAUCGAGUCUGGCAGAUUCAGUCUUGUUCAGCCCUGACAGGAGAGGGCGUGUCGGAUGGCAUGAACUGGGUCUGCAGAAAUGUCAAUGCAAAGAAGAAGUAAGUCAAGCUGAGUUGCCUGGAACUAGAGAAACAGCAAGAGCCAAACAUGCUAGCCAGCUGCUAGUGUCUGACCAAAUAUUGUUCCAUCUGCCUGCAGCUACAGCUGUUCAGACUGGUAACCGUAGCUAGGCCUACUGCUUCUAUAGGAACUUUAUCUGUUGACUAGUACCAUCCACAUCCUCAUGCAAAUCUUUCUUUCUUCCUUUUUAAAAAGUAAAUAGUAUUAAGGGUCUCCCUAUUGUUCUUACUAGCAAUGAAAAUAGGAAUGGAUUGCUGUCUGACAUAGAGACUUCUGAUGAGCUCCACAGAGGUCAGAUUAUUAUAGCAAUAUAUAUCAGUGGCCACAUCCAUUCUGAAAUCAUUCAAGAUUCUCCUCUGGUCCAGUUCAAAACUUCUCCCAUUAUCCAAUAAAGUGAUAUUUAGUUCAUGCAAAUGCUUCAAUUUUAAAACGAUACAUACCUUAGUACAUUGCUUAUACUCAUUUGGCCAUAUGCCCAAGGGCCUGUCUUUCCUUCACAAAGACAUGUAUAAAACUCACUUUCUUAGCAAUUGGAAUGGAGAAGCAGGAUGCCAUAAUUUAAUUAAAUAAAACAACUUAUAGUGGUUGUAAUUACAUUUAUAUUUGGCCUAAACUUUCCCCAAAUGUCAGGUUUCACUAAGAGUUCUUGAAUGUUCAAGCUUAUUGCAUUGUAUUAGUCCUUGAAAAUAGUUUUUUUUUAAAUAGUGAAAGUAACUCAAAGCUCAAAAUCUUACACAAGAAGCUAUUAACAAUAGGCUUUGUCAUGUUCUGAAGGGCUUUGAUGCAAAAUUUGAUUCAGUAUACCUACAAUCUACAAAGUCAGUGAAUUUAUCUCUGGUAAUACAAGCAGUAGAAAAGUGUGAAGUGAAAGUUUUUGUCCAUUUUAAAGAGUCAUGACUUGAUGUAUUUUUUGUGAGUUGGUAUAGUUUCCCACCCAUUCUCAUUUACAUUUAAUAUUGCUAACUCUGCAGAAAGUCAUUGUCUAAAUAUCUGAAAUAUUGAAAUUUGUCAAAGAUUUAUUUUUGGCCAUGAGAAUGUUGUUGCAUCAAAAUGAAGAGCAAGAGAAGAGAACCAUAAAGAAUCAAUAAUAUUCUAAAUACAUUCCCCAGAAAGACACAUAUGCCAUAGGUUAAUGCUUCUUGCCUCUUAAAUUAUUUGCUAAAUUUUGUGGGGCUACUCUUUUGUGCUAGAGAUCACUUGUAGAAUAUAACCAGAUUAUUAGACUGGAAAAAUAUGGAAAUUGAAAUAUUCCCUUUUGUUCCUGGAGGAAAUAAGACUGUUUUAGUAAUCCUCAAACCAUGGGCAUAUAUUUUGGGGAACCAGACAGCACUAGCUUCUUUCAAAUAUUUUUUAUCCAAUCACUAUCUUGUGAUCCUUGCUCAUAUCUUACUCUUUUUGGGGGGGGGGGUAGGAUGGGGUAGAUAUUUUCCUCCUUAGUAUCUUAAAACAAGCACAAAUUGUAGAUUAUAUAUAUUAACUCUCUAUCUCAUCUACUUCUGAUGCUUUAUGAGAGA